AUUCAUGAUGCUGGAAAUAUUCAUAAAGAUUUUCAUUCGGGCAAUAUAUUACAUGAUAAUAAAGAUGAUUUACUAUCAAUUAAAGAAAUUCCUUAUAGUGAUAAUCCUAAUGAUAAUUUUUUGGUUGUCAAAAUAUGUAAAGGAUUUAGACCAAAAAUUUCUGAAGUUACACCAAAAUUAAUUGUAGAUUUGAUUAUUAAAUGUUGGGAUGCUAAAGCAGCAAAUAGACCAACUGCUAAAGAAAAUGGAAGAUGA